AUGAGUAAGGAUGAAAUGAUUCCAGAGCCAUCCUCGGUGAAUAACAAUACAAAUACGACCGCCAGUAUUAGUACACCUGUUAAGAAAUCAAAGGUAAACAAUAACAACAACAACAAUAGCAAUGGUAGUAAUGGUAGUAAUGGUAGUCAUCCAACACCAACAUCAACAUCAACAACUACAACAACUACUUCUACAACAUCAUCAUCAUCAUCGGAUACAAUGCAAGUAGAUGAUCCAACCGGUGUAAACUCACCACUCGAUACUCUGAGAGGAUUCGAAGAGAUUGGUGAGGGUGUCAUCCGUAGGAACACCGAUGGUCAAGUCGACUUCUUGGCCACCGUCAAUCGUAUGACAAAGUAUACACAUCAGUUCAUCAAACAUACACCGCAAUAUCACUAUGAGUUGCUCUCACAGAUUCUAAAGUGUGACGUUCAGCUAAAGCUGGAGAAUCUUCAAUUGUUUGGUGAUCUCUACGUUAGAAACUGUCUGUCGAUUCUUCUCUCGAAUUACUUUAACGAAGCGAACAAGCUUGGUUGUGAAUACCGUGAGAUCGGAGGAUUCGUAGUGGUAAUGGAUCCAAAGUGUCCCGAGAAUCAAACGCAACUCUCUGGCACCGUACUGACUGCACUCCAUCUGAAAAACAAAUUCAUCAUCUAUGUUGCACCCGGUGAACUAUCAUUACUUCAAGUAGUACAAGGUGAUAUUUCGACUUGCUAUGAAAGAGCAAGAAAGCAUGCAUCUGAUUUACAUAUGGUAUACAUUGACUUGAAGUUCAGUUUGCAUUAUUCGAUGAUCGGUGCUGCUACUCUUGCCGAGGAGAUUAUGGAGAAGAGUGAAGAUCGUGAAACAAUAGUCAUUCCACUACGUCUUUAUACGGUGGGUUGGAGUUAUGUAUCUGGUCUAUCUCUAUACUUAAAGAUGAUCAAACCACAAAUGAAAGUAAUUGUUUGUCAAAUGACUGAAGAUCUUUAUGGAAUGGAUGGUGAAGGUAAAGAAUUCAAUAGACAAUCAUUAUUCCCAGAUAGAAUUGAAAUAGGUUGGUUGGCUUUGAUUCAUGAUAAAUCAGAUUUGACCAAUGUGUUUGAUGCUUUCGAUGCAAGAGAUCAAGGUAAAUUCACGCCAGACGAUGUUAUCACGAUGUUGGUGUCGAUGGGUGGUGAUGCAUCACGUAAUCCAUGUCGACCAUCGAAAUCAUCAUUCAGUCAAACAGAAUUUGUAAACGAAGUUAUCACCCAAACGCUAUCUGGCAUGAAUACAAAAGAAAAGAUAUCACAACAAUUCCUCAAACAAUUCUCUUUAGAGAAUCUUAAAGAAAAGAAGUUAGUUGAUCAAGUCGUACCAGUAACAGAGGAUCAAGCAGCCAUUGCUUUUAUAAAGUGUUUGGAAUACACACAUACUAUGACCAAUGGAAAGGGUUCGAUUGCACUCGGUGGUAUGUUCUCUGGAAACAUAAAGUUGAAACAAAAUGAAAAGAUUGUGGUGUUGCUGUCCGGUGGUUUUGUCGAUGUAAUCGAUUUCCAAACGAUUCUAAACUAUGGUUUGGAUUUGGCUGGACAGACUUUCGAGGUGGAGUUGGAUCUCCCUGAUAAUACCAAUGCACUCUCAAAGGUGCUGAAUGUAAUCGGUUCAAACAAUGUAUCGGUACACGAAAUCAAUAUGGAUCGUUCAUGUGAGUCACUCAAGCAAUAUCACGUGAGAGUGUUGAUUCAGUGUAACUCGCGUAACUUCCAGCAACAACAGUCUUGUCUGGAGGUGUUGGAUGCACAGGGAUUCAAGAAUCUCAAAAAGAUUGCUGCUCCCAACAGAGAACUGACUAUACUCUCACCGACUAUGCCUCAAACCAUCAUCUCACCGAACGAUAGUAAAGCACCAAUGAUUCUCGGUUCGCCAAAUGGCGCCACUCAACAACAAUCGUCGUCACCCGGCAUCAGUAUUCCACCGUCGAUUCCAUCGGUAAACACCCCACCUCUAAAGAGAAGCAUCACCGACAUCAGCAUUGAAUCGAUUCGUGAGGCACAACAGAGAAUCAAACAUAUAAUGUCACCCACUCCCAUCUAUCACUCGACGACCUAUUCGAAAUUGUGUGGAUGUCAAGUUACUCUGAUGCUAGAGAAUAUUCAAAAGACUGGAUCCUUCAAGAUUAGAGGAUCAUCAAACAUGGUUUUGCGUGCCAUUGAGCAGAGUUCGUAUAAACCAGUCGGUUUGGUGGCUGCAUCUGCCGGUAACCAUGCACAGGGUGUCGCUUUGAUCUCUGCCAAAGUCGGUCUGCCAUGCACCAUUGUGUGUCCAGAGUAUGCACCUGACUCAAAGUUGUCACACACCAAACAAUACGGUGCUGAAGUCAUCAAGAAGGGUAAAUCGCUGGAGGAUGCCGUCAACACUGCAGAGAUGAUUUGUAAAGAGAGAAACUGGACAUUGGUACGUCCAUACAACGAUGUCGAUGUUAUCGAAGGACAAGGUACAAUGGGUUGUGAUAUCUAUGACAAGGUUCCCGAUGUCGAUACCGUCAUUGUCAAUGUUGGCGGUGGUGGUAUGAUUGCCGGUAUCGCUCUGUUCCUCAAGAAGAUCAAUCCAAACAUCAGAAUCAUUGGUGUCCAAUCUCAGAAUGUAUCGCCACUCGCCGAUUUCAAACAGACCAAUCAACUUCGUUACAUUGAACCAGCGGUACUUUCACUGGCAGAUGGAACCAACGUCAAGAUGCCAGGUGGUGUCCACACCCAAGUUCUUCACGACCUCGUCGAUGAAUACGUAACGGUGAGUGAGAAUGAAAUUGCCUCGACCAUUGUGCAUUUGAUGUAUAACAGUAGAACUGUGUCUGAGGGUGCCGGAUGUCUUGGACUGGCAGCACUCAUUCACCACAAAAUCAAGGUGAGAAAGGACGAGCGUGUCGUAGUCAUCAUCUGUGGUGGAAACAUCGAUAUGUCCACUCUCAGACAGGUCUACGAGUAUGGUCUACGUUCACUCGGUCGUAGCUUCACAAUCCACUUGACCACCUGGGACUACCCAGGAAAUCUUCACAAGAUCAUCUCGCUGGCGGCAAGAGCUGAACUCAAAGUCAGUGAAAUCAGACACAUCAGAGGAACCGGUGAUAUCAACUGGAAUGAAGUAACCAUUUCACUCUCUUUCUACAGUAACUCAUUCCAUCAUCAAAACUUUUUCCUCUCACUCUUGGUCGAUGUUGGAUUGUUCCCAACCGUUAUAGGUAGAAGAUAUAUUAAAGAUCAUGAAUUGGUCUAUCAAAUUUAUGAUAAAUCUGUCAUUGCAAAAGAGAAUCAACUCAAAGAAACAUUUUCAGAGAGACAAAAAGCAUUUUUGGAAAUGUAUGGUAAACAAGCCAAUACUUCAACUUUAAUGUAA